UAUCCAGAUCAAGUUGGAUGAAAAUGAAUAAGAGCUGGCUGAUUGGACGGCGCUAUCGGAGAAUCCUUCAAUUUUACCCGUUUGGGGUGUGUUAUUUUAUGAGGGGGUGGGGGUGGACUGUUGCAUUUAUCGUGAGACCCAACACAGCUGGACGAUCGAUAUGCCAAACUUGUAAAUGGUCAAAUAUUUACCAAUUAACUGUAGAAAGGAUGAUGUUCUUUUUUGUAUGUUAAGUUCUUUGUUUAGUUAUUGAGUAACUGUCUGCCCACGCAUAUGCGCUCUGUAAUAAUGGCUUGAAAUUUCAAAGUUUGGCAAAACUUGAAUGCAAAUUCCCCAGUUAUCUAGUUCCUUGAGGCCUUACCGGUCUGAAAAAAAUUAUGCAUCGUCCAUCGUCUUUUACAACUUGGAUUUGCAUCGCUUUUUGUCGCGUCAUGGUGGAGACUUACAGCCUCAGACUCGGUUUCAUUCACGAUGAAAGACUAGACCUUGUUCAACCGACUAGUCCACUCGACAAGUGGAUGAGUUCUGUCCUCGACGACGCUUUAGGUAUCCAAUGUCCGACAUCCCUCAACUUCACAACGUUGGAGAUAUUGUCAGACGAGUCGAUGAUCAAUACCAAUCAUCACCUUUUGGGUGGAGUUAGGGAAUUUGAUGGAAUUGUGUUGGCUGUCAAUCGCUGUCAAGUUGGCGACGUCAUCGAGUCGCUUGCGUCGUCAGUUUUGCCUUUACUCCGUCUGUAUUUCUCACCUUGCCCAACACCUGCAAUAUCUGAUUUUAAAAUCGAACGUUUGGAACUAUACCGCUUAAACGCAACCAAUCAAUACUCUUGUGGCAGUUUUAUCAUCUACAAGUGGCUGGAGGAAAAUAUUUGCUCCUUGACUGUAGAUAAGUUAACCAAACGUUUACUACUGGAUCAAACAACUCCGUUCAGCGUGAGCAAAGAACUACAAGAAUGCGCUCAGUUAAACGAUCACGAAUGGAAUCGAUCCUCGGAUCCGGUCAGUUUCGAUCACAAAGGCCUUCCUGAAAGUGCCAACUGGCAUCGCCAACUCAACGGGAAAAAGUUGCGGCUGACCCUUUUGGAAGAUUCACCUCUAGUGAUUUUGGAGCGGGAUUCAAACCGAACCGUCACAGGAUACAAAGGAUAUUGUUACGAAAUCAUUCGUGCUCUCCAAAACCUGUACAACUUCACGUACGAAUUAAAACUUCCAGAGGACAACACUUUUGGUAAAGAAAUGCCGAAUGGCAGUUGGAGUGGAAUGAUUGGAAUGAUUAUUGAUCAGUUUUAUUCGACGCAGAAAGUUGAUAUUGGUGUUGGCCCGUUUUCUGUCACCCAUUCCCGAUCAAAAGUCGUCGCCUUUUCCACGGCUUUUUUCGCGGAUUCCGCCGCCAUACUCAUCCCACCUCCGGCGGAAGAAAAUCGAUUAUUAGCUUGCACGAAACCCUUUCAUGUGGAGACUUGGAUUGCCUUGAUCGCGCUGGUGACUAUUCUACCCGUAAUCCUCUGGAUUUAUUUCAAAUGUUUGUGCACCCGUUACAACGCAAAAUGUCCCGUUUUAAUGAAGAAUCAAUUUUUCAUUCUCGGAGUUCUCAUCGGUCAAUCUGGACAAAAAUUGCCCUCUAUUGGAUUUUCGCCUCGUUUGCUUGGAAUUGUUUGGUGUUUGAGUGCUGUCGUGUUUGCCAGCGCUUACGUCGGAAUCCUGAUCUCCUUUCUGCGAUUCCCUAAACUAUCGCCCAUCAUCGAUCGACUGGAAGAUCUGCCUGGAUCUCAUCUUCAGUGGGUUGUGCAACGCGGAACAGCUUUAGAUCCUCUUUUUAUUGAAGCUACAAAUGGGAUUUACAAAACUAUCGGAGAGGGGUUAUUGAGUAAACGACGUGGCACUCUUAUCGAUACGCAUUUUGACGGAAUUCUCAGCGUCGUUAAUGGGAAUUGUGCUUACAUUGCAUACAAAUCGAGUCUCGAGCCUGCAGUUGAUGAAGAUGUCCGUCAAUCGGGCACUUGCCGUCUCGGUAUUGCCAAACAAGGAUUCUUUGAGGUUAACGUAGCGUUCGCCUUACCUAACAAUUCCCCUCUGAAACUACUUUUAGAUAAAAAGAUUCUUCAGAUGAUGGAAGCAGGUCUUGGGAUUUAUUGGAAGAAAGUUUACUGGCCUCCAUCGGGUAGUAAAUGUGGUGACGUCAGACAAUUUGAUACUGGACCGAAAAGCCUCCGAUUGUCAGAUUUACAAGGCGCUUUUCUCAUUUUAACCGUCGGGUCGGGAUUGGCUUUUUUUAUCUUUUUAGUAGAGAAAUUUUUUACCCAGCCAUGUCGUUUUUUAUUCAACGUAUUGAGAUACUUGAGGGGAAAAGCUGUCGAUUUAGUGCCGAAAAACUGACUCGAUCGUUGUAGUUAAUAUAAUUCAUUCGACCUGUAUCUCGGUGCUUUAAAUGUGAAGUAAUUGAUUCUUUCUUUCGUACGUAAACCUAACGUGUAUUUUUUUGUCGCACAAUAUUGCAAAAGCACGGAAAAUAAAUGCGCCCACUCCGCA